AUGCCUUUGGACCUGAGUCCCUGCGAUGUCGGUGUGCCAAGCUGUCAGCCGACCUUCGAUUUGACAAAGAAACAGUUCUUACCGCAUAAAAAUGGGCAGCAUAUACGCGACAUGGUCAAGACGAAGCAAGAGAAACGAGCGGAUGAGAAUUUCAAUCAAUCCUUGGAGAUUUCUGUCGUGAAAUGGAAACCGCUGUUGGUAUAUCGUAAAGACGAGACGUCUACCGAGAAUAAGGCGAAUGAAGGAGUAUCUCUCUUCCGAUCAAUCGGAAACUGGUGGAAUUGUCGCAAGCAGAAGGUACCUGACACUGAGAGCGAUGGCUUAGCAUAUUUCUACGAUCAAGAAGAUACGACGCAGACACGACGUCUGAGCGACACCGUAUUUGAUACGGUAACACCGUUUGCAUGUCCACAAGCAGCAGUCACUGCUGCUGAUCGCGAAUUGAUAGCAAUCAAUGAGCAAAUGGUAUACCAGCAGUAUUACAGUCAUCCAAUGGCUCCGGAGUACGUCAGCUCAUCGCAUAGUCCGUACCACGAGGAUAAGAUGAGCCCUUUCCGAUUACAGCAAAACCGUGGCUAUCGGGCAACUUUGACCCGAUAUGUAGAUUGGACGAAUCCAUGUAUGGCGUGUAAAUUCGCUCAAGGCCAUUGA